GUUAUUAUCUAAAUUAGCUUGCAUUUAAGAUACGUAUUCUUAUUGUUAUUCGAUAAAGUUUCUUUCAUACAAAGUUUAUCAAUCGUUUGCGUGACUCUACACGGGAAAGAUGACUCUACGCUGGGGAAUUGUAACAGCUGGCAAGAUCAGCAAUGACUUUGUCAAUGCGUUUAACUCGUACCCUGAGAAGGGCGAUCAGAAAAUAGUCGCGGUGGCAGCCAGGAACAAGGACAGGGCUGAGGCGUUCGCGAAACUUCACAGUAUUGAGAAAGUGUUUGAUUCAUACCAGGCAUUAGCUAACAGCAGCGAUAUAGAUGUUGUCUACAUCGGGGCUUUGAACAAUGACCACUAUGGACUCUGCAAGAUGUUCCUUGAAAAUGGAAAACACGUUCUUUGUGAGAAACCUUUCUGUUUGAACGCGAAACAAACUCAGAGCGUCAUAAACCUGGCGCGCAAGAAGAAACUGUUCAUUAUGGAAGCUGUUUGGACUCGUUUCUCUCCGGCUUACAUUGACAUUGAGAAACAGAUUGAGGCUGGUGCUCUCGGAGAAAUUCGUUUUAUCGAAGCUAAUUUCGGAAUUUUCUGCGAGAGCGAUAGAGUUUUGAAAAAGGAAUACGGCGGCAGUGCUGUGCUUGACAUCGGCAUCUAUUUAUUGCAGCUAUCUCAAUAUGUUUUUAAAGAAGAACCAAAGAAUGUGACAGCUAUCGGUACUCUCAAUGAUUCGGGGGUAGAUGAAAGUGAGACCAUCAUUUUGGACUAUGGAAACGGCAGGAGAUCUGUGCUCAAUACUCAGUCUGGUUUGGUUCUGAAGAACACUGCUACGAUUUAUGGAACGAAGGGGCAUAUUACGAUCGAGGAUCCCUUCCACUUCCCUGACAAAGUAACGCACGUUGAUGGUUCAUUGAAAACCUACCCGUUGCACAAGUCCAAGUUGCCGUACGUGUAUGGAAACAGCGCAGGUCUUGUCUACCAGGCCCUUGAAGUCGCUAGAUGCAUUCGAGCUGGACUGAUCGAGUCACCCCGAAUGUCGCACAAGGAAAGUCUUGUUUUAGCCAAACUCAUGGACACUGUUCGAGGCCAAUUGGGUGUUCACUAUGACGCUGAUGAUGAAGAAUAUCCUUGAAUGCCAUCAGAUACUUAAGAUAUUCCCCGCGUGCAUCCGUCUAUAAACCCCGGUGCUC